UGCGUUUUUUCUGUGACCUGCCGAGUGGUUCGUUUGACUUCGUAAGGUCUCUUUUUGUGCGUUCCGUACCGAACGAAAUUCGCCUUUACCAACUGAACGAAUGAAAUUGUUGGCCAAGCCGAAUCCUCCACACCCAAUUCCCGUUCGUUGAUUUCCUGCCGUAGCCGCAAGCUCUUUCCUUUUUGUUUAGUUUUUUUUGUUUGUUUUCUUUUUUGCUUGUAAUUCUUUCUGGUUAAAUUAGAAUUCUUUUGUGUAGUUAUAUAUUUUUUUUCUUUUUUCGUAGUUCUUUGUUUUUGGCUGAAUUUUUCUUUUGUUUCUGUUUCAAUAUUUUUUUGUUGCUGUUGUCUAACACUGUUUGAGUGGGGCCCUGUGCUAUUUUAGAAUUUGCUAUUCUUGUUUUGUGUUGGCGAACAACAGUGCAAUUUCAUUUCUCUUUCCUUGACAGACCAAUAAUAGUGUCUCGUUCCCCGUCCUCCUCCCAUCUAUUGUCGAAAAGCGUCUACUCCCGAAGUGAACGAAACAACUUAAAAGAACCAUUGCAUCUCAAAUCUUAAUCCUCCCUCAGCCAAGCUCUUUUCCAUACGUGUCAUUAGUUAUGGAAGAUGCUGAAUCACCGUUUUGUUGUUACCACCUCCUCGUCGUAACCUCUUGAACUCCCGACGCCAACAUUUUCUCAAUUCAACCUUUCCUUUCUUUUUCUUUCUUUUUUAUUUUAAUUUUUUAUUUGAUAGCUGUGCGUUUCUCAAAAGAGAUUUACUGCUGCCAAAUCUUGUUUCAUAUCUUUCCCUUCCGGCUCUUUCUUUUGAUUUUUCUUUGUCUUCCUCACAGUCACUCCCUGUCUCUCUCUCUCUCGUUUCAUUCCUCCCACCAAGUAUUUCCUUAAUCGAUAAAAAUCAUUGCCGGGUUAGUGGAUGCGACUCAACAUAUUGGCGAAGCAGCAAGAAUGGAAAACGAUGGCGGGCAUUUGGGUUCAGACGUCGAGGAUGAAAAUGUCGUCGAUGUCGAUGACGACGCCCCUUCAGCAAGCGACUCGGAGCUUUCUGUAGCCUCGUCGAGUCAUCGCCAUCCGAUUGCGGUUAGCCAACCAAAAAUGACGCAACCGAUCGAUACGAAACGAUCAGAAACAACGGAAACGAGCAGAAAGAGGACAGCGACGAAGAAGACGGUGAGACGGACUGGCAAGAAAAAGAAGUUGACAACUGCUGCCGACGUGGCGACAAGUCACGUCGAGGCCGAAACAGCCGAUAGCGGCUCAGAGUCCAGUUGCGGCCUGGAGGCCAGCGUCGAACAGGUGGCGCAACGUUUCGCUCAAGGCUGUGAAUGUCGCGAUGGUGAAUCUUGCUUCAGCAACAUUAAUCCCGAAUCGGCUUAUCGACAUCGAUUGAACAUUGCGGAACUGACGCGCAGCGAGCACGACAUGUACCUUAUGGGUGUCACCAUGGCUUCCCUCUCCAAUCCGGAAGAGACGGCUCGCCGAACGGAGAGGAAACGCUUACACACGCAAUAUGUUUUCCAGGGCAAGAAAAUCUGCCUGGAAGCCUUCUUGUAUUUGGAGAAUUGCACGCAAUACCAGCUGAAACGCAUCCGCAAACACAUCAUGACACACGGAGUGACUCCUCGCGUGCACGGCAAUCACGGCAAGAGACCGCACAAUCGCUUCUCGCUCGACAUCUACCAGCAAGCCACUGCCUUCUUGCAGAGCUACGUCCAACGUGCCCAUAACAACCAGUUAACCCGAAAUCAGCAGCAAUCGCCGACCACCGGUGGAUGGCCGCCGUCUUCCUUACCUAAAGCGAAAGGCAAAGAGCGUUCCAGCGCCGCCAUCGUACUGCCUCCCGACAUCACUUGCAAGACGGUUCAUUCGGCUUACAAAGAGUACAUGGAACAUUUUGAACCGGGCACCAAAUGGCUCGGCUUUUCGACGUUUCGUCAUUUUAUGAAACGCCAAUUUCCGAUGGUCAAGUUCAGCAGUCCAGUGGCCAUUCCGUCGGGUUCUGAACUACUUCAUGAUGGCGCUUCCAGUUCUUCGGCAUCGAAAAACUUGGAACAACCACCGCCAGUCGUCAGCACUGACCGUGUUGUUGUUGAGCAAGUCUCUGUCGGCUGCCAGAAGGUUUCGCCAGCGUCAGCGCCUGCGCUAGAAACUCCACCUAGUCCAGUUGGUUGCGCUGCAAACUCGGUCGACUUUCUUUCAGAUCGAUGAAGCUUCCGAGAUGGCGUUGCUGUAGAUUUCGUGUUUAUAUCCCUCCUCCUCUUAUUCGGCUGCAACACUGGCGUGCUUAUUGCCCGCGUUCCGAAUCUUCCCUGCCUUCAUUGCCCACUGCAUUCUGUUUACCAUCUUCCUCCGACUCGGAACACAUCUGUCGUUUACUACCACCCCGAUACAACUCCGCAUCGAUUGGUUUCAAAGAAACCAAAAAAACAAAAAAACUCGCAGUUUCUUUUUGAUUUUUGAUUCGUUCUGGAAUUUUCACCGCUUUCUUGUGUCCGUCUUUGUAAGUCCCUAAGUAAGUGUAUGUGCCGAUGUACCAGAUUUUCUGCCAUGAACUCGAGGACAUGGGUAA